CACUCCUCCUCACAUAUAUGUGCAUUAUAUACAUCUCAAAUAUAUCGUUUCAGUAUACGUAUAUCCCUCUGCAAUUGACGAAAAUCUGGAAGGGAUUCAAUUACGUUCGUUUGGGUGCUGCUGUGAUAACCUGUUUGGUUCCUGAGAAAAUGGAGGGGGAUGAGGGGGGGAAAAAAAAAGAGCGUUGAAACUGUUUUAACUUUUUUGGGUUGUCUCAGUUUUUUGAUCUAGGUUAAAUUUCUGAGGUUGUGUGAGGAUGAAGUACGGAGAUACGAUUAGAGAGUAUAGUGCACUGAUUGAGUGAAGCUAGAGAGAUAUUCAACCCUACCACUCUGUUCAACUUCAAAUAUGCUAGGUCAAAUUGUUGACCUAGUUUUGAAAUUCACUUCUGAGUUUCAUUAAGUUAUGCCAAUAGUUCAGAUUGCUGAAUUUUGAAAAAUUUCGAGGAAUGUCAAAUUUUUGGGCAGUCUUAUAAGAUUUUGGCCAAUUCCUGUGUCUAAUUGUCAUUGAGAAGUUUUUUUAUAUGAAUUUUUUUUGGGUAUGUUGGUCAGGGAUGGGUGGCUAGCCUAGGGGCUCCUCAACUAAACUCCUCCCCGAUCUGGUCAAAGGCAGGUCAUUUACGUCAAGCCUAAGGAAUUCACCGGAACUUACUUUCUUGCGAUUUAGUCCAAGCAGUGUUUUAAAUGGUGAAAAGCGCACCGAGGCGUCAAGGUCCCCUAGAGCUUUAGCGCAAGGCGAGAAGCGCACUUUAUUGACGCAAAGCGCAAAUUUUUAUUUUUUUGCUGGGCAGCGAGGCACGAUUUAUUAGAACAAGUUUUCUACACAAACAGUGUUUCAAUUUUUUUGCGGUCUAGCCCAAGUAGUGUUUCAAAAUAUUUUUUUUGUUGCUUGCCUCGCCAUGGUGCGAGGCACGCGCUUUUUAAAUCACUGAGCCAAGAGUCGAUCCCAUUCAAUUGUGGGGGGAGCACCCCACCGACUACCUGGACUAACCCUCAAGGUUCUUGUGCAUUUUGUUGUACAGAGUAAAUGUCUCGGCACAAAAACUUAUCUGAACUAAAAAGUACAUGUAAGAAUGUUACUCGGAGAAUUGAAAAACUUGUGAGGACUGAGGAAUAAAAUGAUGGCUAAUCAGUAGAGGAAUGGUCCUAGGCCGGGCUUGCAGGAAUUGUGUUCCCAUAGCAAGAUCUGCUUGUUUUGGAGCUACACAUACUUCCUAUUUGGAUGACUGCUGGUUUGAAGGUUGAUUGUAGGAGCUUUAAACCAUUUAAGUGCGAAGGAGAUAGGCAUUUUUACGGAAAGCUGUAUGAAAUGUUGAAGGGAAAAUGUCUAAAGGAACACUAACUGUUUUGGAUCACAACUUAGACAGUUAAUCAACAUACUUCUCAAUAGAAAACCGUCGUCAUACAAUACAAUAAACCAAAUAUAAUCAGGUUGAUGUCGUGUCUUAUUGCCGUGACGGUGUAGAUCAGCUAGGAAAAACCACGAGGUUUGAAGACUUGAGGAGGGGGCCCUCGUUGCUUAUACGUGAGCACGUGGAGAUAUAUGAUUGGUCCACUUGUCACGUACGAGGCUAACACGUGGCGACAUGCCUAUAGGAGAUGUGGUGAUUGUGUGGAGAUACUACAGCGUAGGAGCCAGAUCUCUGUACCCUCGAUUUCUUGCAUUGCGUUUUUUAGUGCAGCUACUUAAGUACUUUCCUUUGAUUGUCUCUUGGAAACAAUAAAAUAUUCUUGGUUUCAUGGGUUUUCAUGUACUUCCCCGCUAGAAUCAUACUUGUCCAUUAGAUCACGGCAGCAUUAACACUCACGAGCCAAAGCAUUCUCUUUCUCUUAUGAUUAUGGACCAUCUAAUGUUGAAACAUAUUUAUUGCUGGUAGCCUAGCAUUUCUUCUUUUUUUCAUACACUUUGCUCAUAUAUAUCCCGCUGGUGUUGCUUGUAAGGUUGAGGCUCGUGAGUGUUGAUUGUGUGCACCUUAACUUCCUUAAAGUUUAGCGUGUAUUUAUGAAUGUCAAUCAGAUUGUUCCAUACAUUGCUGUUGUUGGCACUCUUUUUCUCUGUCAUUAUUGUGGUUGAUCUACUUCAUUUCCUCAAUUGGUAGUUCCUGAAAAUUGUUUGCUGACUUUGAUCUUAUGUCUGGUUUUAGCAAGUAUAGAGGACGGAAGGGCAUCUGCAUCGUCAUGGUUCGAGAAAAAGAUGUUUGUUGGGAAUAUGCCGAUAAGUUAGAUGGUAACAAGGUGAGAUGCAAAUUCUGCUUCAGAAUUCUAAAUGGCGGCAUUAGCAGAUUAAAGCAUCAUCUUUCACGGAUUCCUAGUAAAGGUGUAAAUCCAUGUAGCAAAGUAAGGGAUGAUGUCACUGAUAAGGUGAGGGCAAUAAUAGCAUCAAAGGAUGAUGGCAAAGAGAAUUCUAUUGCUAAGAAGCAAAAGCCAGUAGAUGCAAAAUCUCCUGUAAAUUCUUCUGCAAGCAAGUCCCUCAUUUCCAUGGACACGCCAUCUCCCAUUGCCAAAAUAUUUCCACCCCUCACAAUGGUGGCCUCUUCCCCUGCAACAAACGACCAAGAAAAUGCAGACAGGAGUAUUGCUUUGUUCUUUUUUGAGAAUAAACUGGACAUCAGUGCAGCUCGUUCGUUGUCGUACCAGCUCAUGAUUGAUGCAGUUGGAAAAUGUGGUAUCGGAUUUAGGGGUCCAUCUGCAGAAACCCUGAAGACCAUUUGGCUGGACAGGAUCAAAUCUGAAGUGAGCUUACAGACAAAAGACAUUGAGAAAGAAUGGGCUACAACAGGUUGUACUAUAAUUGCCCAAACAUGGACAGAUAACAAAUCAAAAGCUCUGAUCAACUUCUUUGUUUCAUCUCCUUCCAGAACCUUUUUUCACAAAUCAGUAGAUGUAUCUUCACAUCACAAGAACAUAAAAUUCUACCCUGAUUUGUUUGAUUCCGUACUACAAGAUUUUGGCCCAGAGAAUGUUGUGCAGAUAAUUGUGGAUAAUAAUCUCAACUGCAUUGGUUUAUCAAACCAUCUCCUGCAGAAUUACGGAACCAUGUUUAUGUCCCCUUGUGCUUCCCACUGUGUGAAUGCGAUUUUGGAGGAGUUUUCUAAGGUAGAUUGGGUGAACAGAUGCAUAUUGCAAGCACAAGCUAUUUCCAAGUUUGUAUAUAACAACUCAGGGGUUCUUGAUCUGAUGAAGAAGUUCACGGGGGGACAAGAAAUCAUUAAGACUGGUAUCACAAAACCCGUUUCCAACUUUCUUUCGUUGCAGUCUAUAUUGAAGCAGAGGUCAAGAUUGAAGCAUAUGUUCAACAGCCCUGAGUUUUCUUCAAAUCCUGUUUAUGCAAAUAAAUCUCAAAGCAUAACUUGUAUUGAAAUACUUGACGAUGGUGAGUUCUGGAGAGCAGUUGAAGAGUGUGUUGCUUUUUCUGAGCCAUUCCUGAAAGUGCUAAGGGAAGUAUCUGGACGGAAACCCGCCAUGGGAUAUAUAUAUGAGCUGAUGACCAGAGCCAAAGAGUCGAUAAGGACAUACUACAUUAUGGAUGAGAUUAAGUGCAAGACAUUUUUAGAUAUUGUUGAUAAAAAUUGGCACAACCACCUCCAUUCACCUCUCCAUGCAGCAGCUGCAUUUUUGAACCCUAGCAUCCAGUAUAAUCCCGAAAUCAAGUUUCUUCGGUCUAUAAAGGAAGAUUUUUUGAGAGUUCUGGAGAAGCUACUACCCACACCUGAAUUAAGACGAGACAUUACCAAUCAGAUUCUGUUGUUUACAAGGGCAACCGGGAUGUUUGGUUGUAACCUUGCAAAGGAGGCAAUUGAUACAGUCUCACCUGGGCUUUGGUGGGAACAGUAUGGUGACGCUGCUCCGACAUUGCAACGAGUUGCCAUUAGAAUACUCAGUCAGGUUUGCAGCACUCCUACAGUAGAGAAGCAGUGGAACACAUUUAAGCAAAUACACUCAGAGAAGCGCAACAAGAUUGAUAAGGAAACACUGAAUGACCUCGCCUACAUAAGUUACAACCUCAAGUUGUCUAGAUCAACAAAGUCCAAGUCUCCAGAAUCCGACCCACUUCAACUUGAUGACAUCAAUAUGACUUCAGAGUGGGUAGAGGAAGCUGAAAGUUCAAGCCCCACUCAAUGGCUUGACCGAUUCGGUUCUGCUCUGGAUGGGAGCGACCUGAAUACGAGACAGUUCAGUGCUGCUAUAUUUGGUGGCGCCGACUUAUUCGGUUUGUAGUCUUGCAACCCCUUGAGGUAGUUGGUAUUCUUAAUUUCGUUUUAAGUUUUCGCCUUUUGCAAUCUUGCAUUCAUAGAAUUUGUUGUAUGAGUAGUUAGUUUGACAGCAAGUCAGUUUUCUUUACUUAUUGCAGUGGCUUGAUAGUUCUUGCCUUCUUGUAGAUAUUAGGUAGGUAUGUUUGCUUGUAAAACAAUCCACCAGCUAGACAAGUACGCUUAUCGCUUUGUAUUCCCUUGUAAUUAUGGAGUUAGGAUCCUCUCAUGUGACGAUAUCGCGUGAUCCCACAUGCACAAAAUUAGAUCCACUGUGGUCCCAUUUGA